GAAGCACAGAUACCGUCUGAACCUUGAGGGUGGACCUACCGGGUUUAUUAAAUAUGGUUGAUAUUAUAUUUAAUAUCGUUGAUUAAAUAUGAAUUAUGCCAGAGAAGAACCAGAGGUUGUGAAGAGAGAAACGAUAAACUGUUUAUUGUUUCUCUCUUUAAAAAUAUAUUUCUCUGCACUCAGAGCAUGUCUUUGAUAAAGACAUUUUACAGUUUUACAGUUUUGUAUAUUUAUGGAGAGUUACUAAAUUUUGUUAUUUUGUUUUUCUUAUUAAAUUGUCUUAAUAAAUUUUUUAGAGUGUGUGUGGCUAAUUCAAUUUCUUCUAUUUUUAAAAUACAAUUUGUUUGUUUUUUAUUCUUUAUUUUAAUAGUAUUUUCAGUUUGUGUUGCUCAUCACUGAAUAACAUGUUGUGCCUUAUUUUAAUAGUGUAAAGUCUAGUAAACUGUUAUUUAAAAACUAAUUUGCCUGGGAGAUUUGGAAUGUCAAAAAUAAUUUUGCUACAAUAAAUUAAAUAAAAAUGAACAACCUGCUGUUUAAACAUCAAACCUGUGAGUGUUUGAGCGUCCAGAGAGGCACCAUUAAAAGUUUCCAGUGACAUUUUAAAAACCCAGUAAGAGGAAGAUGCAGCAGUUCCAGUAAUGAAACAAAAUGAUGAUGAGAGAUGAACUCUGGAGUCGUCCUGAGGUCGCAGUGAAACGCGUCGAGCCGAAGCUCUGCGGUAAUGUCGGUGUCUCCUCGCCACGUUUUCCAUUUAGGAAACCUUAAUGGAGUUUCAGAGUGAAGGAAAAUGUGUGUUUAAGCACGGCCAUAAAUUUCACUUUCCAUUUAUUAAGCGACGCUCGGGUCCACGAGGACCCGGAUCUGACAUUUAUAAUCCAUAAAGAUGAAAAAGUGGUUUUACAUUUUUGCAAAUGUCUUCAGUGGAGAGUAAAAUAAAAAGCCUGAAUAUUAGAAAGGAAAUUAAAGAGAAUUAUGAUUACAGUAUUUUAAUUACUAGCAUAUCUUCUCUGCUCUGACACUAAAUAAAUCUUUUCCUCAGAGUUUCUUUACACCGGGGGUCACCGACCUUCAGCCGGAUACUGAGGAACACAAACGGCUGCUUGUUUCAUACAGACAGGAGGUUUUGGCUGAACAUUUACAACAAUAAUAUAUUUACAUAUAUAUGAUUACCUGCUGCCUGAUCAUAUUAAUGUUAAGGAAUAUUCAUCAGUAAUGAUUUACCAAGGCAGAUGUGGUUAAUGGUUAUUAAGUGAUCAGAAGUUCUUAGUUCACAGAGUUUUAAGUUUGAUGCCCUUUAAAAACCUUCUGUGAUUCUAGAUGAGAGUUUGGAUUAAUGUAGCAGCGCCUGCAGCUCUACGGCUUUAAGAAAAACAUAAAAGAAAAUAGUUUUUGCAUUGUUUUUAUUAUCUAACCCUCUUCACCAUUAACAAAAUGUAGAGAAAAAUAUAUUUUGUGUCAAACAUCUUGUCACAUCAGUGUGAGUCUGUAGACGUGGCGGGACACCGAAGUCUAAAUGUUAUCAGUUUACUUUUGUUCAUUUAGCAGCUUGGAGCUUUUUCUGUAGCUAAAAAUGAAUGAUCAGAGUUUGAUCCUCCCGUAGUUCUAAGGACGGUCGUUUGGAUCCCGCCUGAGGAUUUUACUGUGUGCAGUUCAUACACUCAUAUGAGACCCACCAGAACCGCACGGUAAAAAGCUCAGGUGGGUCCAAACGGCCGGUCUUAGAAUAUGGGAGGAUCAAACGCCACUCAUUAAUUUUUAGCUACAGAAAAGCAUAAAUAUGCUCCACCUUUAGAGUGACUCACAUUAAGGAGGAGCAACAGAGUCAUGAGAUUAAAACGUGGCUCUCCAGAAAUGAAAAUAAAAGUUGGUGAAAGCCUGAGCUGCUGUGGAGAAAAACCUGUUUCCUUCAAACUGAGUUUAUGAUUUUCUGCUCAACAGACUGAUACUGAGUUCAGAAAUGUCUUCUGGCAGCAACCUGCGGUCUAAAGAUCAGUUUCUUUGCUCCAUCUGUCUGGAUGUGUUCACUGAUCCAGUCACCACACCAUGUGGACACAACUUCUGCAAAACCUGCAUCACUCAGCUCUGGGAUGGAAAUGUUUCCUACAGGUGUCCUCUGUGCAACGAGCAUUUCACCUCCAGGCCUCAGCUGAGAGUCAACAGCUUCGUCAAAGAGAUGGUUGAUCAGUUCAGAGGUGAAGCUCAGCAGGAAGCCAGGAGCAGCUCAGAGCAACAAGCUGCCAAACCAGGAGAAGUUCCCUGUGACGUCUGCACUGGACCCAAACUGAAGGCCCUGAAGUCCUGCAUGGUGUGUCUGCUCUCCUACUGCCAGACUCACCUGGAGCCUCACCUGACCGCUCCACGUCUGAAGAAACAUCAGCUGAUGGAGCCGGUGGAGAACCUGGAGGACAGGAUGUGUCUGCAGCAUGAUAGACCUCUGGAGCUGUUCUGUAGGACCGACCAGAGAUGCGUCUGCUUGCUGUGUCCUGUUUUAGACCACAAGAACCACGAGUUUGUUCCUCUGAGAGAAGAAUCUGAAGGAAAGAAGGCAGAGCUGAGGAAGACGGAGGCUGAAGUUCAGGAGAUGAUCCAGAAGAGACGACUGAAGAUCCAGGAGAUCAGAGAGUCGGUGAAGAUCAGUAAAGAUGCUGCAGACAGAGAGAAAGCUGGAGGUGUUCAGAUCUUCACGGCUCUGAUAGAGUCUGCUGAGAGAGGCCUGAAGGAGCUCCUCAAGGAGAUCCAAGACAAACAGGAAACUACAGAGAAACAGGCUGAAGACUUCAUCAGAGAUCUGGAACAGGAGAUCUCUGAGCUGAAGAAGAGGAGCUCUGAGGUCAAGCAGCUCUCACAGGAUGAAGAUCACCUCCACCUCCUCCAAAGCUUCUCCUCCCUGAAAGAUGCUCCACCCACCAAGACCUGGACAGAGGUCAAAGUUCAUCCACCAUCAUAUGAGGGGACUGUGGUGAGAGCUGGGACUCAGCUGCAGGAGGAGAUGAAGAGGAUGAUGGAGGCUGAGAUGAAGAGGAUGAAGAGGAUGAUGGAGAUGAAGAGGAUCCAUCAGUUUGCUGUUGAUGUGACUCUGGAUCCUGAUACAGCUAGUCCCUGGCUCAUCCUGUCUGAUGAUGGAAAACAGGUGAAAGAUGGAGAUGUGAAGAAGAAUCUUCCAGACAAUCCAGAGAGAUUUUUUUACUGUCCGUGUGUUUUAGGACAGCAGAGUUUCUCUGCAGGCAAAUUUUACUUUGAGGUUCAGGUUAAAGGAAAGACUGAGUGGGAUUUAGGAGUGGCCAGAGAAUCCAUCAACAGGAAGGGAAAAAUUGCAGCAACUCCUCAGGACGGUUUCUGGACUGUUGUGCUGAGAAAAGGAAAUGAGUACAAAGCUGCUGCUGGACCUUCAGUGCGUCUCCAUCUCCAUCCUGGUCCUCAGAAGGUGGGGGUGUUUGUGGAUUAUGAGGAGGGUCUGGUCUCCUUUUAUGAUGUAGAUGCUGCAGCUCUGAUCUACUCCUUUACUGGCUGCUGCUUCAAGGAGAAACUCUACCCAUUCUUCAGUCCCUGCAAAAAUGAUUUAGGUAAAAACUCUGCUCCUCUGAUCAUCUGUCCUGUUAAUCAGGCUGAUCGUUGAUCUGAUGAAGAUGAUGAAGAUGAAUCUGAGUGACUCUGCAGGUGAAGUCCUGCUGCUGGAGAGGAGAGUUUGGAAACAUCCUCAGCAGGAAAUCAGUUAUUUUCUGCUUCUGAUUAGUUAUAAAGUCAAAUCAAAUUGUUUUAUCUCAGAGUUUAUUUCAUUGCUCUACUGAUUGUUUCAUCUUGUUUCCUUUUUCUUGUUUUAUUGAUGAUCAGUUUUAAACCUGCAUUCAAUGUUUCAACCUGUUCAUCAAAUUAAACUGAUUUCUAACAAUAAUAACAUUUAAAUCUUGUUUUUCCUCAUUAAGUUCUGCUUCUUGGUGGUUUGGUCUGAACUUUUCAUCAGGAGUGUAAAUGUACCAUGUGAUGAUUGAUGAAUAAAUAUUAAACUGUGAAAUUGACUGUUUUCUAUUCAUUUUUGAUGUUCUAUUAAUCUUUAAUCCUGCAUGACUGGAACUGUAUCGAUGGUAAUUCUUCUUCUCUUCAUUGUUUCUGUUCACUUCUUGGUGCAGCUCCAUGUUUCUGCCACUGGCAGCUUCAGUUCAGUGUCAAUUCAAUAAAGUUUAUUUGUAUCCCAUGUUUCAGCAACAAGGUGAUUGAAAAUGCUUUAGAUAAUUAAAAACACAAAAAUGAAAAUUCAUUGAACACAGUAAAUUAUUGCAAUCUUACAUUUUGCCAUCGUUACACAUUAACAUUUUGAUUAAUGUUUCAUUUUGUUGUUACUGUUGAUCUUGCUGUGGUUCACUUGUCAGGUCAGAAGUGGCUGAUUUUAUAACACUUUAUGUUUAUUGUAGAUUUUUCUACAUUUGCUGUGGUCAUGUCAACAAAGCAAAUUGUUAAAGUCACAAUGUGCUCACAGUGUUUCUCUCAGAGAAAUGAACACAUGAGACAGAAAUUCUUAGACAGGUAAUAGAACUAUAUACACUGCUCAAAAAAAUAAAGGGAACACUCAAAUAACACAUCCUAGA